AACCGAGACACCGUUUCCCAGUUAUCACGAGGAACAUCCGGGGUUAAACUUCAACGUUUCUGGGUUCAAAUUGUGGAAUUACAAGUGGUGCUGAACCAUGUAGCCAAGAUGUGCACUACCACUACUCAUGGGACUUUGCCCAGCAAGUUCACUAUCCACAUCAUGCACAACAAGUUGGGCCGAUAUAUUUCACCACCCCACGAAAGUGUUUGGCAUGUGCGCCGAAGGUUCAGGAAAGCAGACAUUUUAUCUUGUGGACGAGGCCGAAUUGCCAGGGAAAGGAAGCGACAGUGUCGUGAGCAUGGCCCACCACUACUUUCAGCACUUUGGCGUUGGUGAAAAACAUGCUGAGGUUCAUUUUGAUAAUGCCGUUGGCCAAAACAAGAACCACACUGUGCUUUGGUAUGCCAUGUGGCGUGUUAUGACAGGACUGCAUGAGAGUGUAACACUAAACACUAUGUUGGCUGGGCACACCAAAUUUGCUCCUGACUGUCACUUCGGCAUCUGGAAGGUCAAGUGGCGAUGCUGUAAUGCCGAGAAUCUUCAAGAAAUUGCCCACACAGUAUCCGCCUCUUCCAAGUCUGGCCACAACAUCCCACAGCUGGUUAAUGACCCUCAGCAGCCAGUGACAUUUCACAGUUGGAAAUCAUUCCUAAAUACGUAUUUCAAAACUCUAAAGAAUAUCACCAAAUACCACCAUUUCUAUGUAUCAAAACAGAAACCAGGAGUUGUAGUUUGCAAAGAGUUUGUAGAUUCAUCAGAAAGUGAAUUUAAUCUUUUGAGGAUGAAUCCAGAAUGUGGUAUUUUGCCUGAACUAAAGCACGCACCGUGCCUAGAUGCUGCACGUCAAUGGUACCUUCACGAUUCUAUAGGUCCAUUCUUUAGAUCUGAGUCAUCAAGAUCUGCAGUAUGCCCUAAACCAACUAUGGGGAAAGUCAAAGUUGAUAUUGGCAAAAAUGACACACCGAAAUUCAAGCGGCACAUGUGGGAGGAGACCAUACCAAAGAUGUACAAUGCUAGAUGUUGCUUUGAUUUAGAAUUAUCUACAUGAACCGUUGAUGUCAUAGCAAAAUGUUUAAAACACGAUGUCUUUGUUAUGGAUCAGAAAAUAUUCUGGACCAAAUGAAUUAUGAGGUCUAGGUUGUAACCAGUAAUAGAUAACGCAAAAUUAUCAAAAUCAUUUAACUCACGGCGACGAGUCCAUGACAUUUACCUUUUAUGUUAGGCAACUGAAUGUAGCUGUAUUAAAAACUGCAACAGCUCAUCAUUUUAGAGGCGGUUAGGCUUAAUAAUAAGAGGACGCAAAUGUGUAUUUAACAGAUAUAUUCAUCUUUAUUCAAAAUAAGUAAAAGAAUGAUAGGUAUCAUAUUUUCUUCACCUAUGUUUCUCAAUAACAAUUUAAUAAGUUUUAAACAAAAGGACAAUAACGAAACGAAACGGAAUCUUGGUCGAUAAUCAAAAUCAUACGAACACACAACAUAUAUUACCUUUAUCAAUUAACACUUAUUGUUUACUUCGCAAUCAUGGUCAAUCAUAAGGAUAAAGGUCCAAAUGCAUCGAACUCUUUUUCUUCGAAGUGAAGGGAGCAAACAACUGUAUGACCCCUGAUCUUUGAGUUCAGGAAAGAAACAUUAUACAUAAACAACUGAUUUAAAUAUAGACAUUGAAAAUACCAACAUAAUGCAUAUUACAUUUGCCAAUCAUGAUGAUGAUCAUAAUGAUGAUCAUGAUCAUGAUCAUCAUCAUCAUCAUCAUCAUCAUCAUCAUCAUCAUCAUCAUCAGCAGCAGCAUCAGCAGAGGCAGUAGAAGCAGCAGCAGCAGCACUUUUGAAUAUGAGUCUCGGUCGGUCAACUUACUCUUUGUAUUUUCUUUUUCUUGUUGAUUUAUGGCACUACAAUGAUUCAGAUUUUCAAAGGUUUUUUAGAUGUGUGUGCAGAGGUACUGCCACUAGAGUCUAACUUCUAUAACACUUUAAAACUCGACUUUAAUGGAAGUGAUUUGUCAAAUUGUCCGAUACUGUGCUGUAUACUUGUUAUUUUAAAGAAAACGGCAUACAAAAU